AUGGAGAAGUCCAGAAAGAUCUUUGUCAGUGUCCUCCUGGUUGUCCUGUCUGUGGAAAUCUGCUUGGCUCAACACUGGUCCUAUGGCCUGCAACCAGGAGGGAAGAGGAAUGCUGAAAACCUGGCAGGACCAUUUCAAGAGAUUGCAAAUGAAAUGGAAAAACCAGGGGAAGUGCAGCAGAGUGAAUGUCCAGGCUUGUCCCAGCACCCCAGGGCCACUGAUCUGAGGGAAGCUGUGGAAAGGCUGAUGGAAGAAGCCAGAGCAAAGAAGAUUUAA